AUGGCAGCCUCACUCGAUUUAAAUAGCUUGCAUGAGGUGCUCAACCUCCCAUUCCCUGCAGAAACUAAACAAGCUGCUGGUACGAUCAAUGGUGUCUUGACCGAUGUACAAUCGAUAUAUUUCAGCGAUAGAAUAUUAGUUACUGUAUCACAAAGCGGCAGACUAGCUCAUUGGCUCCACGUACCUCUUGAGAAUCAAAACCCAGGAACUGAGGGGUUUCAUACGUUCGGAAAUGGUGAAGCAGAUGAUGAACUUCUUCCAUUUUCUAACUUAUCCGCCACAUCCCUAUUGGGCGGCCAUGCUCAUGGACAUGAAAUUACCAACCAACUACUUGCACGUCAGAUUGGUAGUGCAAUUGCUACCAAGACUCCCAACGAGAAGAGGGUCCUUGUUGUGGGACUGGGUCUUGAUCGGCCUCAAAAUGAAAGGGAUACCUUUUUCGCGAUCAUUGACCUCGUCCUACAAUGUAUUUGA